AUGAGAACCCUGCCUACCUUGGGUAAGAAAUUCCCCCUCAGCCGCAGGGGGACCGGCGGGGCUGGGGCUGGGGCUGUCCCGGACCAGCGACCGGCGGGGCUGGGGCUGUCCCGGACCAGCGACCGGCGGGGCUGGGGCUGUCCCGGACCAGCGACCGGCGGGGCUGGGGCUGUCCCGGACCAGCGACCGGCGGGGCUGGGGCUGGGGCUGUCCCGGACCAGCGACCGGCGGGGCUGGGGCUGGGGCUGUCCCGGACCAGCGACCGGCGGGGCUGGGGCUGGGGCGGUCCCGGACCAGCGACCGGCGGGGCUGGGGCUGGGGCGGUCCCGGACCAGCGACCGGCGGGGCUGGGGCUGGGGCGGUCCCGGACCAGCGACCGGCGGGGCUGGGGCUGGGGCGGUCCCGGACCAGCGACCGGCGGGGCUGGGGCUGGGGCGGUCCCGGACCAGCGACCGGCGGGGCUGGGGCUGGGGCGGUCCCGGACCAGCGACCGGCGGGGCUGGGGCUGGGGCGGUCCCGGACCAGCGACCGGCGGGGCUGGGGCUGUCCCGGACCAGCGACCGGCGGGGCUGGGGCUGGGGCGGUCCCGGACCAGCGACCGGCGGGGCUGGGGCUGGGGCGGUCCCGGACCAGCGACCGGCGGGGCUGGGGCUGGGGCGGUCCCGGACCAGCGACCGGCGGGGCUGGGGCUGGGGCGGUCCCGGACCAGCGACCGGCGGGGCUGGGGCUGGGGCGGUCCCGGACCAGCGACCGGCGGGGCUGGGGCUGGGGCGGUCCCGGACCAGCGACCGGCGGGGCUGGGGCUGGGGCGGUCCCGGACCAGCGACCGGCGGGGCUGGGGCUGGGGCGGUCCCGGACCAGCGACCGGCGGGGCUGGGGCUGGGGCGGUCCCGGACCAGCGACCGGCGGGGCUGGGGCUGGGGCGGUCCCGGACCAGCGACCGGCGGGGCUGGGGCUGGGGCGGUCCCGGACCAGCGACCGGCGGGGCUGGGGCGGUCCCGGACCAGCGACCGGCGGGGCUGGGGCUGGGGCGGUCCCGGACCAGCGACCGGCGGGGCUGGGGCUGGGGCGGUCCCGGACCAGCGACCGGCGGGGCUGGGGCUGGGGCGGUCCCGGACCAGCGACCGGCGGGGCUGGGGCUGGGGCGGUCCCGGACCAGCGACCGGCGGGGCUGGGGCUGGGGCGGUCCCGGACCAGCGACCGGCGGGGCUGGGGCUGGGGCGGUCCCGGACCAGCGACCGGCGGGGCUGGGGCUGGGGCGGUCCCGGACCAGCGACCGGCGGGGCUGGGGCUGGGGCUGUCCCGGACCAGCGACCGGCGGGGCUGGGGCUGGGGCUGUCCCGGACCAGCGACCGGCAGGGCCGCAGGCAGAGCGGGAGCGGCAGCGCCGGCUUGGGGCGGCUCCUCCCGUGCACAGCGAGCCCGGUCCCCAUCCCAGUCCCGGUGCUGCCCCGCUCCUCCGGCACCGGGAAACCCAGCGGGUGCCGGCAGGACCCAGGGCCGGGAGCAGCCCCGGUUCGGCCCAGGGGAGAGGGCCUGGGCCGCGAGCGAUGGUCAAGGCGGGGAGCCGGGCUGGGCUUGGGGCUCUGUGAGACGGCCUGUCAGGAAGGGAGGGCCUGGGGUGGGAGAAGCCGGGGAGAUAAACCGCCCCCAACCCGAGGGCCCCACCCUCUCACCCCUCCCCCAGAGAGGAAGAAGAGAGGAGAGGCGGGGAGAGGACUGGAGGGAGGUGGGGGAGCAUUGGGGGGCGGGGUGUGA